UCAACAUUUAAUAUGCAUUAGUUACUUUUUUAAAAUAACUAAAAGACAAAACUUCAAAAAUGGUCCCUGUGGUUUUCAAAAAUAUCAAGUUUAAUCCUUAAGUUCAAAAUACCUCACAGAUGGUCCCUGUGGUUUCAAAACUUUUAACAAAUGGUCAUUCCGUCUAACUCCGUCAGCUUUUUACCGUUAAGUGAGGGGCAUUUUCGUCAUUUCAAUACACAGGGACCAUUUAUGAAGUUUUCUAUUACUUUUAACAAAAAAAUAAAUAAAAAGUAAAUAAAACUUAAUAUGCAAGGGGUCCCACCCCACCCCAUCUCUCUCUCUCUCUCUCUCUCUCUCUCUCUCUCUCUCUCUCUCUCUCAACCAAAAAACAUCUUCUGACCUUCUACUUUCCGAGAAUCUCCCUUUUCCCACAAGCCUAUUGAUGAAACUUCCUCACAAAAACUAGAAAUUAUGAUCUUCAUGACCAAAUAUCUCUGCAGAGAAGCCUCGAUCUUUGAACUGGGAGUUUAGGUAGCGAAAUUGGCAGCAACACGAGCGGGGAUGACCCCAUUUUUGCCUUCCCAUCAUCGACUUUAUUAGUCAAAAGGAGUUGGAGAGAUUAGGUGGAGUCCAAGAUGGUGCUUUCACGAAGAUUUCCACCUCCAUUAACGACGAUGAGUGAGUCUAAAUCGAAUUGCUUAAUUACUCAAUUAAGCUCACUCAAUUCUAGGGUUUCUUUAUCGGUAAAUUUCUUCAAUCGAAUUGGUCAAUUACUGUGUAUUGAUCAAUUAGACGAUUACAGUUGAAUUCUGUUGCAAUUCUUAGCAUAUCCAGAGAUAAUCUCUAGAUGAUUACUUGAUUAGUUACCAUUUUUUGUGGCUACUUCUCUUUAGAGCUCAAUUUGCAUCAAAAUUAGUUUUUGCGUUGAUUUAUCUUCAUUAUCUGUGUUUCUAGGGUUUAUAGGUUACAAAUCGGAAGCAAUGGAUGACGGAGAACUCGAUUUCUCCAACCACGAGAUAUUUGUGGGUGAUAUCCCGAGCAGUGGUUCCUUGAACAGCUUCUUCGAUGAAAUCUUCAACGACACACACACGUGUACUCAUAAGCACACAUGUAACCCUCCGGGACCUGAUUACCAUGUCCACACCAAAAUCCUACUUGCUACGAGCGAUGACGACAAAACCCCUAUAGAAGAAACCGCUGAAUCCUCCGACAAAAAAGGUAAGAAUCGUCCAUUAGGAAACCGGGAAGCUGUGAGAAAGUAUCGUGAAAAGAAGAAGGCGUGUGCUGCUUCAUUAGAAGACGAAGUAGUUAGAUUGACAGCAUUGAAUCAACAAUUGAUGAGAAGAGUUCAGAGUCAAGUAGGAUUAGAAGCAGAAGUAACGAGGCAAAAAAGUUUGCUUGUGGACAUUAGAGGGAGAAUCGAUGGAGAAAUCAGAUCUUUUCCUUAUCAAAAACGCCACCAUCCGGUGGGUAAUCAGAAUUGGUAAUGGCAAGAUGGAGGCAAAAACCUGAAGAGAGAGAGAGAGAGAGAGAGAGAGAGAGAGAGAGAGAUGGGACCCCUUGCAUAUUAUAUUUUAUUUAUUUAUUAUUUAUUUAAAAAAAGGAAUACCUAACCUCAUAAAUGGUCCCUGAGAAGUGAAAUGACAAACAUGUCCCUGACUUAACGGCUAAAUGGUAACGGAGUUAGCCGGAAGGACCAAAUGUUAAAAGUUUUGAAACCACAGGGACGAUCCGUGAGGUUUUUUGAACUUAGGGACUAAACUUGAUAUUUUUGAAAACCACAGGGACCAUUUUUGAAGUUUUGUCUAACUAAAAUGAUUGGUCCAUAAUCAAUCAUAUAUGCACAUAAUAGAUACUGAAAACAUUUGAACCUAACUCU